AUGAAGUGUCCUGGACAUAUAGAGAGCCAUGACUUGCCUUUUUUACUGGAAAAUGCCUUAGCCAGAGAGGCCAACAUUUGGAAAGUGCCAGUUUUCCAGAAUCUCACUGUGAAGGCCCAAUUAAAAUAUCUGCAGUGCAUUGCAAUUUCCUGCCUUGUCCUUGCAGCAGAAACCAAUGAAGAUGAGGUAAUACCAUCAGUGCAGACGCUAGCAGUGCAGAGCAGAUGUAAACACUCUCCAGCCGAGAUCUUGAGAAUGGAAAGAAUUAUACUGGAUAAGCUUCAGUGGGAUCUUUACACAGAAACACCAAUGGAUUUCUUAAACAUUUUCCAUGCCAUGGUGAUGUCCAGCUGGCCCCAUCUCCCACCCAGACUGCCUCAGAGGAAUCCUUCCCUCCACGUUGCACUCUUGACCAAGCAGCUGCAGCACUGUAUGGCCUGCCACCAACUUGUGCAGUUUAAGGGCUCCACGUUGGUUUUGGUGAUCAUCACCUUGGAGCUGGAGAGGCAGACUCCUGGUUGGUUUGUUGUUACUACUGAUCUGCUAAAAAAAGCACAGGUGAACAGCACUGAAUUAAUGCACUGCCAAGAGCUUGUGGAUCUGGAGUUAAUGAGCUUGCAGGUACCCAAUGCUGUUAAUAUUUUCUAUCCCAUCAGCCAAGCUGAGCAGGGCCAUCCCAAGGCAAGGCUACCCUGCCAGCCCCUUCUGAAUGGCAGAGUUCCCAACAAGGGAGGCUGAGGGUUGCUGUAGCCAGCCUGUUUCAGCCCCUUUCACACCUACUACAGCCCAAAUUCCUGAUCAAACCCCUGAGACUGAAGAAUGCUGAGAUGGAUUCACUCCUGCACAGUGAGGAUGAGGAGGUGAGUGCUGGGAGGAUGAACACAGGAGGAUCCUGCCCUCAACUGAGCUGCUCCUGUCCUCCCUUACAGCCACCCAGAAAGGAUUUAUGGAGAAUUACUGCCUUGGAAGCAGCACCUGCAGAACCAGCAGGUCCCAGCAAACAGAACAGCCAGAACAAUAGGGCAAAAGUGUCACUGUGCUUCUCAGAGGACAAAGACGUUUGGUAUUAUCAGUCUGUUUUUAUGUUCUCCCUAAGCAAUAUGUGCUACCCCUCACUUUUAAGAUUAUGUAGACAGAAAGCUGGGGAGAGGAGGGACUUGGUCACAGUCCUGCAGCCCAGGGUUCCAGUUGGCAGGCAGCUACAAACUUCAUGGAGAACCAAAUGCCUCAGAGUUUAUUUUUAAAAUAGCCAUGAUGAAGUUUGACAGAUUGAGCCUUUCAUCCAGCUCAUGCCAUUGUUCUCUCAUUAGAGCUGAUCUGGCUCUGCCCAUGGGAGCUGAACAGGAGCUGCUGCUGUCGAGGAAUGGGCAGCCCCCACUGCUGCCUCUGCAAGAGAUCCCAGAUGGAACCAAGGCUUUCAUUCAGCACUGAGAAGCUUGAAUCAAACCUCCAGUUUUCCUUAAGGCCUUACCUUGUAAUCCAGGGCUGGGAUCUGUGCUUUUUCCUGGUUAAGCCGUUACAGACUCUGUCACAGUUCCUAUGAAAUUGGGAAAUCACUUCUUGUCUACAAUCACCAUUGCCUUGAGCUCUCACCAACCAGCACAUGCUGGUUGGGGUUUUUAAAAUUUAUUCUGUCUUACCAGACUAGACAAAAUAAAAUGCCUUUAAUAAUUCCCCUCCACCACUACAACCACAUUAUUUCUUACAAAUUGCUUCAUCUUCAUAGCAAACUAGUUUCACAAAGGUCAGAAUAAACCACUCUUGCACUUUUAAAAACCAGCUUCACAAAUCCUUUUAAAAUUAGUGGAGGUUUUGUUUUAAACAAUAGGCAUUUUAAGUGAUUGUUAUCCUAGUUUGAGGGUAUAUUCCAGCCAGUAUGGGAUGGGUAACAGCACCACACCUGCCAUCCUGUCACAGAACAGGAGGGGGUUCAUAUGGACUGGCACAGGUUAAAUACUGAGCAGGUGUCCCAUGUAAUGACAGGAUAAAUAACUUGGAGACAGAGAUGGGACAGGAGCAAGGAGACAAGGCUGUGCAACUGCAGAACUCAUCAGUGCAAGGAGAACAUUUCUGGCCUUCUCCCCUUCUUCAUUGUCUUAUCUUGUAGGAGAGGAAUUCCUGCACUAACCAUGCAGGACUGAUGUGCUGAGCAGCUGUUCACACUUUCUCAAGUGUUAAAUUUGCCAGAGUGAGCUCUGUGUGUGCAGGGAGAAAGCCAUGCAGCUCUUGAAACCACAAAGGAAGCCCCCAAGUGUUCCAGUAACAUGCAGUAAUGGAGAUUUAGUGCAAAUAACCUGUGUAAACAGACAUGAGUUGAACCAGCAGUGAAAGCCACAGAAUUCCCUUGAGCCAGGUAAAGCUGCCUCAGGCUGUGGAUGCUGUGGUGAGGGAGGGCCCUGCCCAGGCCUGGGAUGCUGCAGGAGGACUUGGGGCUGGUUUAGGCCACAUGAGGUUUGUGAGGCCCCCACAUACUCAGGGGUCAGGCAGCAGCAUGUUUGGAACAUGGAAUUUACUCAUGCUACCACAGGGAAUGCUCUCAUUUAAUGCUAGGGCUCUUCCCUCCCCCUGAGCAGUGCCUUCCUUUUCUCUCACAAGCUGUGAGUUGACUGCCUGGCUUUGGGGAGGAGGGGAGUUAUCUUUUAUAGUUUCCACUAAAUAAAACAUCAGCUUGGUCUGCCUGUUCUCUGUGGCCCUGGAACAGCCCAGCUGAAAGGUGAUGCCCACACCAAUCCCUGCAGUAAACUGAGAUUGUGGCUGUGUGAUGGGCUCUGCUUCCCUCCCAUCCCUUUGCCCUGUCUCAAGCAAUGCCCCCAGCUGUGUGUACCCAUGGAAAUGCCAGCAGCAGAGCUCUACACACAGUGAUGAACAUGCUGUAACUCCAAACCACAACAAUCCCAACCUCGUGUUUCUCCUCACAGCUGUGAGCCUAUGGACUCAGCUCUUGCCUGCAGCUGGAUGAGGUGUUAAAACCCAUGAACAAACUUGUUUUUCAAAGUCUCUGCACAUCUCUAUGAUCAACAUGCAAAAGUACACAUUAACAGGGGUUAAUCCCAAAAGAUAAAGGCAGUGCUGGAGGCCCCUCAGGGCUCCAUGUUCACAGUCAUGAUGCAAGAUGCCACACUGGGAUGGGAACAGCUCACCUGGAGGCUGCCUGUGCUCCCAGGACACACUGCUGCUUCUCUGGCAGCACAGCUCCCUCCACACACCUACUCCAGCACUGCAGUUACCAUGAAGGACAAACACUUCUGUCUUGGCUUCCACAGGCUAAAAAUGUCACUUACCUCCUCAUUCUGCCAUUGCUCAGAAUGGAGCUUCCUACCCCAAAGGAUGAGCUGCCAGGAACAGGAAGGAGCUGCUCUUGCACAGGACCAUUCUUGUUACAAAGGGAGAUUUUUGGAUAGUGAGAAUAGCACCAAUCCUCUUUUUUCUAGCAGUACAGGGUCAGAAGCUUUAACACCUUUCCCUUCCUGGCCUGGAUAAGUAAUGAGUGACAAGAUGAACACUCCCCACACACAGCAGUGCCAGGAACAAUUAUUUUGCCCAGUGAGCUUCAGAGAGGAUGACAUCUUACCACUGUGCCUACCUGUCUGGACUGUGUGUACAACAUGAGUUUAUUCCAACUGCAGCUCAACUCACCACUGCAGAUCCCAUUUGCUCCACAUCAGUUACUGGUGAAAAUGUGCCAGAUUCAGUGAGGGCUGGCACAGCUCUGAUGUGGUUACGGCCAGCUCUGUGAGGAUUGUUGUUUUGGGCAAUAUUCACUCCCAGAAGAACUACAGAGAAUGCUUAUAAAGUAUUUUCAAAGAGCUCUGACCUGGUAAGGUCCCUUCCGUUGGGGGAUCUUGGCCCAGGUGAGGCUCUCAAACCCAGACUCCUCUUGUUGUUGCCUCAAUUCAGACCAGAUUUCCAGAUGCCUGAAACUACCACCACCUUGUAACCAAAGCUGCAAUUACACCUGAAAUCCCCUAUGGUAAACAUCCACAGAACUGUUUUCUGUGGCUGUUUUAAACCACCUAAAGAAACAGCAAAGCAUUUCAGAUCCUCCCACCCACCACAAUGCCCCCAUUCAUAA